GGCAGUCAACUCCACUUCGGCCUUAUAUCCUGUGCGCUUGAUACCCCUCCAUAGUUCUCGCCGUAUAUUCAAUUCCGUACACAGGUCUCCGCCACAGACGUAUCUUGGAAUUCGUUUUCAAAACCCCUUGAGGGCUGUCAAAUCAUCAUGGCUAUGCAACUUGAUAUGUCUAACGCCCAGGUGGUAAAGGACGAGUCCGGGCGGCCUUUCAUCGUUGUCAGAGACCAGGGCAAGAAGAAGCGCCAGCAUGGGAACGAAGCUGUAAAGUCUCACAUUCUAGCGGCAAGGACUGUCGCGAACAUUGUCAAAACAUCGCUUGGUCCUCGUGGCCUGGACAAGAUCCUCAUCUCGCCCGACGGCGACAUCACGGUGACGAACGAUGGUGCAACUAUUCUCUCACAGAUGGAAAUUUCGAACCAUGUUGCAAAACUCCUGGUGGAAUUGUCAAAAUCACAAGACGACGAGAUUGGUGAUGGCACGACAGGUGUAGUUGUGCUCGCAGGGGCUUUACUCGAACAAGCAGCAGAUCUUAUUGACAAGGGCAUCCAUCCCAUACGGAUAGCAGAUGGCUACGACCAGGCUUGCGAGGUUGCUGUUGCAGAGUUGGACAGGAUUAGCGAUACCAUCCCUUUCUCAAAAGAACAGACAUCAAAUCUUUUCAAGGUCGCCAAGACCAGCUUAGGAAGCAAGAUUGUGUCAAAGGCACACGACCAGUUUGCUCAGAUUGCUGUUGACGCCGUCCUUUCUGUAGCAGACUUGGAGCGCAAGGAUGUGGAUUUCGAGCUCAUCAAGGUAGAUGGCAAGGUCGGUGGACGGCUCGAAGACACACUUCUUGUCAAGGGCGUAGUCGUCGACAAGGACUUCUCGCACCCACAGAUGCCGUCAGAGGUCAGGGAUGCCAAGCUAGCGAUCCUGACGUGCGCUUUUGAACCGCCAAAGCCAAAGACCAAGCACAAGCUUGACAUCACGUCGGUUGAGGAGUUCAAAAAGCUGCAGAAAUACGAAUCUGGCAAAUUUACAGAGAUGAUCCAACAGAUCAAGGACACUGGCGCGAACGUAGUCAUAUGUCAAUGGGGAUUCGACGACGAGGCAAACCAUCUGCUACUCACAAACGAGCUUCCGGCGGUGAGGUGGGUUGGUGGCCCAGAGAUCGAGCUGAUUGCGAUUGCAACGAACGGUCGCAUCGUGCCACGGUUCGAGGACCUGAGCGCUGAGAAGCUUGGAAAAGCAGGAAUCGUGCGAGAGAUGUCGUUUGGAACGACCAGGGACAAGAUGCUUGUGAUUGAAGAGUGCGCAAAUACCAGAGCAGUCACAGUGUUUGUCAGGGGCAGCAACAAGAUGAUUAUCGAUGAGGCAAAACGAUCCCUCCACGACGCCCUUUGUGUGGUGCGUAAUCUUGUCAAAGACAACCGCAUUGUCUAUGGAGGAGGGGCGGCCGAGAUUGCAUGCUCACUUGCGGUCGAGGACGCUGCUGUGAAGAGUCCUGGUCUUGAGCAGUACGCAAUGCGCGCCUUCGCCGAGGCCCUGGAUGCGGUGCCCAUGGCACUUGCAGAAAAUUCUGGUCUAAGCCCUAUCGAAACGCUCGCGUCUAUCAAGUCAAGACAGGUCAAGGAGAAGAACACGAGACUGGGUGUGGAUUGUAUGCAGACAGGCAGCAACGACAUGCGUGAGCACUUUGUCAUCGACCCCCUGAUCUCAAAACGCCAGCAGCUUCUGUUAGCAACGCAGUUGUGUCGGAUGGUACUGAAGGUCAACAAUGUGAUCAUAGCGGGUAGCGACGAGAACGACUUCUAGGCAUGCAUUCUUUGUGUGGACUGGACAGUGCAGCAGUUAUGUUGGCAUGAGUCAAUCGGUCAGAGCUUGGAAUGUAGAGUGCUUUAUAGAUAGAGAAAAGUACAUGAUCAAGCUACGAGAUUUGUGGUUGACGGGGAAAUUCC